AUGGCUUCCUCGCACUCCCCCCACCCACCCACCGUGCCGCCAGAGCCGGUGACCCCGCCGUCCCCAUGGACCAUCACAGACGGCGCCAUCUCCGGCAUGCUACCAGCAGCCGAGGCCUUCGCCGUGCACUACCCGGGCUACCCCUCUUCCCCCGCCGACGCCGCCCGCAUCCUCGGCGAUCUCCCCGGCAUUGCCAAGGUCUGGAGCUCCGAUCCUAGCGCCCGCCUCGAGCUCGCUUCCACCCCGAGGACCCCCAUCGCCAUCCAGCCUUGGCGCGAUCCUGCGCGCCCACCGGCCUUCUGCGCGCCUCCAAGCAGGUACUUUAUUCCUUCAAAGGAUAGACCAACAAAGAUAGCGCUUCUACCAUCGUCCAAUGCCCUAUCUAAAACCAUGCACAGGAGAGUCGUACAAGAACGGUGGGAGAUGAACGUUGGACCAACUCUUGCGCUUCCGUUCAACACUCAAGUUGUCCCGGAGAAGAUUAAUUGGGAAGACCAUGUUCGAAAGAAUUCUGUAGAUUGGGAUUGGCAGAUGGCUGUCUGCAAAUUGUUUGAUGAGCAUCCUGUGUGGCCAAGGCAAUCACUUUAUGAGCGGUUGCUUGAUGAUGGUGUGCAUGUCUCUCAAAACCAAUUCAAAAGGCUUCUGUUUAGAGCUGAAUACUACUUCUCUACUGGACCCUUUGGAAAAUUCUGGAUCAGAAGAGGAUAUGACCCUCGUAAAGAUUCUGAGUCACGAAUAUAUCAGAGAAUUGAUUUUCGCAUGCCUCCUGAGCUACGGUAUCUUCUAAGGCCAAAGAAUUCUGGGUCUUAG